GCGAAGCGGGGGUGGGCCCUGCGCGUAAUGGCUGUGCCGUGUCCUCGCGUCCAUCUUUACCGCUCUCUUGGACCUGUCACAAAGGAGUCGCGCCGCUGUCGCUGUUCCCUCCCUCCGGUGGGCCCAGGAGCUAGUGGAAGUCAGUGCCACAGCCCAACCUCGCUGCUCUGGGAAGGCCCCGGGGGACGUGGCCGGGGAGGGAGCCUACAGGCUAGGGACGUCUGUGAGGGAAGGGAGCAGUCGCUAGAGCCUGGGUCGGAGAGAGCGGACUGGGGCCGCGGCCAGCUCCGGGUAGGGGUCUGUGAGUGGGUGGCGCUUGGCAGAGCCUGGGAAGCAGCCGGCACGUUCUCCGCCGAGGCCCGCGCUGGAGGCGCCUGAAGCGGUUCCUGGAAGAGGGUGUUUCCCUCUUGCCUGGAGGAGGUCCUGGGGUCACCCUUCCGACGAGACUGCGGCUAAGCGGGCCCAGAACUGCCAGUGCAUGGCCAGCAUUCCUGGUGGUUGAUAAUGUUGGAAGUCAGCUGUCCGACCUUCUCCAGCACGCAGUUGUUAGAAAUGAAUAGAAUGCGAGUUCAACUCCACAUCAUGGAAACAGUACCUGGGAAACUGAAAACUAUCUAAAUGAUUGUCUUUGGUUGGGCUGUGUUCUUAGCAAGCAGAAGCCUUGGCCAGGGUCUGCUGUUGACUCUUGAGGAGCACAUAGCCCACCUGUUGGGGACUACAGGUGCCACUACUACUAUGGGUAAUUCCUGUAUCUGCCGAGAUGACAGUGGAGCAGAAGACAGUGUUGACACCCACCAGCAGCAGGCUGAAAACAGUGCAGUCCCUACUGCUGACAUUAGGAGCCAACCUCGGGACCCUGUUCGGCCUCCAAGGAGAGGCCGAGGACCACAUGAACCAAGGAGAAAGAAACAAAAUGUGGAUGGGUUAGUGCUGGAUACACUGGCGGUAAUACGGACUCUUGUAGAUAAUGAUCAGGAACCUCCCUACUCAAUGAUUACAUUACAUGAAAUGGCAGAAACAGAUGAAGGAUGGUUGGAUGUUGUCCAGUCUUUAAUUAGAGUUAUUCCAUUGGAAGAUCCAUUGGGACCAGCUGUUAUAACCUUGUUACUAGACGAAUGUCCAUUGCCUACUAAAGAUGCACUCCAGAAAUUGACUGAAAUUCUCAAUUUAAAUGGAGAAGUAGCAUGCCAGGACUCAGGCCACCCUGCCAAACAUAGGAACACAUCUGCAGUCCUUGGCUGCCUGGCUGAGAAACUAGCAGGUCCUGCAAGCAUAGGUUUACUUAGCCCAGGAAUACUGGAAUAUUUGUUACAGUGUCUGAAGCUACACUCCCACCCUACAGUCAUGCUUUUUGCUCUGAUUGCACUGGAAAAGUUUGCCCAGACAAGUGAAAAUAAAUUGACUAUUUCUGAAUCCAGUAUUAGUGACCGAUUGGUCACCUUGGAGUUGUGGGCUGAUGAUCCUGAUUAUCUGAAACGUCAAGUUGGCUUCUGUGCCCAGUGGAGCUUAGACAAUCUCUUUUUAAAAGAAGGUAGACAACUAACCUACGAGAAAGUGGACUUGAGAAACAUCAGGGCCAUGCUGAACAGCAAUGAUGUCAGCGAGUACUUGAAGAUCUCACCUCACGGCUUGGAGGCUCGCUGUGAUGCCUCCUCCUUUGAGAGUGUCCGCUGCACUUUUUGUGUGGACACUGGGGUGUGGUACUACGAAGUAACAGUGAUCACUUCUGGUGUCAUGCAGAUUGGCUGGGCUACUCGAGACAGCAAGUUUCUCAACCACGAAGGAUACGGCAUUGGGGACGAUGAGUAUUCCUGUGCCUAUGAUGGCUGCCGGCAGCUGAUUUGGUACAAUGCCAGAAGCAAGCCUCAUUUGCACCCGUGCUGGAAGGAAGGCGACACAGUAGGGUUUCUGUUAGACUUGAAUGAAAAGCAAAUGAUCUUCUUUCUAAAUGGCAACCAGCUGCCUCCUGAGAAGCAAGUCUUUUCAUCCACCGUAUCUGGAUUUUUUGCUGCAGCUAGUUUCAUGUCAUAUCAACAAUGUGAGUUCAAUUUUGGAGCAAAACCAUUCAAAUACCCACCAUCUAUGAAAUUUAGCACUUUUAAUGAUUACGCCUUCCUAACAACUGAAGAAAAGAUCAUUUUGCCAAGGCACAGGCGCCUCGCUCUGCUGAAACAAGUCAGUAUUCGAGAGAACUGCUGUUCACUCUGUUGUGAUGAGGUAGCAGACACACAGCUGAAGCCGUGUGGACACAGCGACCUGUGCAUGGAUUGUGCCUUGCAACUGGAGACCUGCCCAUUGUGUCGUAAAGAAAUAGUGUCUAGAAUCAGACAGAUUUCUCAUAUUUCAUGACACAUGUGAAGAGAUACCAUGGACAUAUUUCUACUCGAUUCCAAAAAUGUUGAAAUGGAAAGGAAAAAAAAACACACGAACAUCU